GCCACUCGAUAAAGUGAUAAGACGUGGAUUACACCGAAUACCGGGGUACUUAACCGAUACUUACAUACCUCACCUCAGGGCAUUCUCGCCGACUACCGAACAAAGGGUUACCGUAAUCCCUGAUAGAUGGAUACUGCCAUGACCCCUCCAUCAUCUGCUAAAAGCACGAAAGUUUAGGCGGGUACCUACCUGUAGAACCCCACUAAAGCUCCUGCAAGCUCGAUGCAUCAUGCAUCCCACCAUAAGGUUAGUUCAACUAGAGGCUGCCCCACUAAGUGAGAAAGUCUGAAAUAAUUUUGUGACGCUUAGCUUAGCACACUUGUGUUUUGUAUAACCACGACAACGACAAUUAUUAUUAUUUUAACAUGCCGGGAGCUACAGCUCCCCCAAUUGAUACCGUAAUGGCAAAUGGUGCCGGUAAUGGUAUCAACGGCCACGUACCGCGCACUCCUUCGUUAUCAGGCCUCUCCCUUACCGAGUACAGCGCAAACCCGUCGCCGCCAUCGGAGCGCAGACAAGACAGAAUCAAGCAGAUCGUGCCGGAGGAAUUCAUCCUGCCUAAUGGACAUCCUGAUUAUCUCCGUCUGAUCCUUACCUCGAGAGUCUACGAAGCAUGCAAAGAGACUUCCCUCGCACCCGCCACAAACCUCUCGAACCGACUCGAAUGCAAUGUCUUACUCAAGAGAGAAGAUGAGCAACCCGUUUUCAGCUUCAAGCUACGCGGAGCUUACAACAAGAUGGCCCAUCUCGACCGAAACCAGAGCUGGAAGGGCGUGGUGGCUUGCAGUGCAGGAAAUCAUGCCCAAGGAGUAGCUUAUUCUGCUAGAAUUCUCAAGAUACCCGCAACUAUCGUCAUGCCUUCGGGUACGCCGAGCAUCAAGCAUAAGAACGUCUCGAGACUAGGCGGCUGCGUCGUGCUUCACGGCGCAGACUUUGAUGCCGCCAAGGAAGAAUGCGCAAGGCUAGAACAGCAGCAUGGCCUCAUCAACAUUCCACCCUUCGACGACCCCUAUGUCAUCGCUGGUCAGGGAACAAUAGGAAUGGAGCUGUUGCGACAGACGAACAUCCAAAAGCUCGAGGCCAUAUUCUGCUGCGUAGGGGGAGGUGGCCUUAUCGCGGGCAUUGGAGUCUACGUCAAGCGCAUUGCGCCUCACGUCAAGAUAAUCGGAGUCGAAACCGAGGACGCCAAUGCAAUGGUCCAGUCUCUGCGAGAAGGGAAGCGAGUGGUGCUUAAGGAAGUUGGGCUGUUCGCCGAUGGAGCAGCAGUCAAGACUGUGGGAGAGGAAACCUUCCGAAUAUGCCAAGAGGUGAUCGAUGAUGUUAUCGAGGUAAAUACUGACGAGACAUGCGCCGCCAUCAAAGACGUAUUCGAGGAUACUCGCUCUAUAGUAGAGCCGGCGGGCGCCCUAGCUCUCGCCGGCCUGAAGAAAUGGGUUGUGGCAAAUCCGUCGAGUGACUCGAAUCGAUCCGUCAUAGCCAUCACAAGCGGUGCGAACAUGAACUUCGACAGAUUGCGCUUCGUAGCCGAACGCGCUACCCUCGGCGAAGGCAAGGAGGCCCUGCUCCGCGUGAGCAUUCCGGAGAGACCUGGAGCAUUUGCCGAGCUGGUUAAUCAUGUUAUGCCCCAUGCCGUGACGGAAUUCUCGUAUCGCUACGCGACUAGCGAGUUAGCUAACAUCCUGAUUGGGAUAUCAUUGACCGGCGCAGCUUCUGAAAGAGUGCAAGAGCUCCAGGCGCUUAUUGAUAGGAUCAACAACGACGGCAUGACCGCUACAGACUUGUCGGGAGACGAACUUGCCAAGUCACAUAUCCGCUAUCUCGUAGGCGGACGAUCUGACGUGCCUGACGAGAGAUUGUACAUGUUCACCUUCCCCGAACGCCCCGGUGCGCUAGAGAAGUUCUUGCGCACGUUACGUUUGAGGUACAACAUCAGCUUAUUCCAGUACCGAAAUGGGGGUAGUGAUGUGGGCAAGAUCUUAGCGGGCAUACAAUGCCCUGACGCGGAAGUGCCGGACCUAGAGAAGUCGUUCAAGGAGAUCGGAUAUCCGUGGGAAGACUGCACGCAAAGCCCCGUUUUCAAGACAUUCCUGAGGAGUUAAAGGUCGAGGGUAGCUACGAGUUUGCAAUUCGGUGCGUAUGCUAGCCUAAUCGGUUAGGAUUUAUGAAAUCGAGUCUGGAUCGUGAUGUGAUGGGAGUUUUGCGGGUUUGCGGCGAGUUAUUACAAGCUUCAUCAUUGAUCGUCGAAAACACUAAUGGAAAUGGCGAACGGUAAUAGGUACCAUAAAAGGGAUACAUUUAAAAUAGCAGAGAGCCUCUUGCUGUGAUGUGUGAUUUACAUAUGUAGGCGAUGUGGCCGUCAGGAUCAAUCUAUGUACACAUGUGCAUACUAGGUAAAUUGGAUCCUGUACAUAUGGUUACGUGCAUACUACAUAUAAGGAUCUUAGUCGAUUAGCCAAUAAACUUCAACUAUAGAAUCCCCACA